UUAAUGAUCACAUUUUUAUAUAAAUAUAUAUUAACGAGGAAAUAUUGAAGUAUAGUUAACUUGGUUUCUUUGAUUUAUGUCACGAAUGGUGCAUUCAACCAUGAGGUGUAUAUAUUAAACUAAUUAUAUAUAAAUGGUACUUACUUUUUUUUAAUGUUUAUUUUUUUUUUUUUAUGAAACUAUUGCACGAUACUGAAAUACUUCGUUAAAAUCAAAUACGAUCAGUUUGAGAUACGAGAAUCUAGUGUUAACAUCUUUUCGUGUAACAUACUUGAAGAACACUUUUUUUCUAGGAUUAUACAAUUAUAUAUAUAGUUAAAGAUGUCUUCGUCGUUAUCUUAUCAUCGUUGGAUCAUUGGGUCAUGGUUUAUGUUAAUUUUUUUAAUUGGAUCGAAAAUUGUUGAUUCUCAAAAUUCAUACUUAACACCAUACGGAACUUAUGAUCAAGAUGAUUACAUCGAAAUAAACGAUCAUGUCAAAUACAACCAACCGGAAACCUAUUAUUACAAAUACUCACGUCCUGUUGAUAAUUCAAAUUACGAAAAUCAUUUACCAGGAAUGAAUUUACCUUCAUAUUCAGUGAAUUACGAUUACGUUUCACCAUCUCAGGAUAUUCUAAAUCAAAAGUUACUACCUUUUAAUGAUAAAAAUAAUAAUAAUAAUAAUAAUAAUAAUAAUAAUAAUGAUUGGACUAAUGAAGAGAUAAUCGAUAAAAUGAAUUUGUUGGAAAAAUUAUUGUCAGAUGACGAAUCAAACGAUGAGAAAGAAUUUGAGAUGAAAAAUUCUAUCAAUGAUAAAAUUAAUUUAGAUUCAAUCAUGACGGAAGAUACUAAAAGAGUGGUUAGACAAGUUAGUAAACAAAAGCCUGGAUUUUUUUGGACAAUUGCAAAAGUUACGUUUGAGACAUUCAACGAUACCAUAUCAGCAAUUAAACAAAUAAGUUCAAUAGUUAGUAACAGUAUUGGACCAGAUACAACAACUAUAAAAUCUACCAGUAGUGAUUCAUUGAUGGCAUCUAGUGAAACAUUGAAAGAUCAAAAUGAAACCACAGCAACUAUGGAACAAACAACAACAGAAAGUUCAACCAAUCAAAUGCCUGCAAUAACAAGGAGUGAAUUGCAAACUUUAAUUGUAAGGAAUAUCAAAGGAUUAAUUCGAUUAUUUAAUAUCGAAUGGCAGGAUGCAAUAAAACAAUCUGAUAUCAAUGCAAAUGAAUUUAGAAAGGAUCUUGGUAAACAGAUAGUUUUUCUCAAUCUACCUGGCUGGCAAUCGUAUCUGGACCGGUGAUGCAGAAUGAAAG